AUGCCCCACACGAACAACCCGAAUGCAGCCUCUCGCAACGCCAACCGAGCGGGCAAGAAGCCCAAAUUUCUGCAGAAGAAGUCAGGCCCGGCAGUCGCUCGCCAAAGGCACGACACGAUCGAUGAGGCAAAGGCCGCGAAGGACGAGCUGCACGACCAUGACACGGAUCGAAACGGGGCCAACGCAAAAGGCCAGAGUCGGAGUAAAGGCAUGGGCAAGGGCAAAGGCAAAGCAAAGGCCAAGGAUCAGUCGGAAAUAGUUGCUGCUGCUUUUCCACCCGAGCAAGACUUGGACUCUCGCGAAAGCAAAGUGAAGCUCAUCCGCGAGUUUCAUGCAAUCGAGAAGCGGCUCGCCGCAACUCAGGACCCGAAAGAACGAGCCGAUUUGAGAGCCAAACGGGAGCAGCUCGGCGGCCUGCAAAAGUACCAGGACGCUUCCGUUCAUGGCGGCGACAAGAGUCGAGGGGGCGAAACGAGCAAGUGGUGCGUCAUACAACUCAAGGAGCUCAAGGUUGGCGUCGACAAGGGCAAACAAAUGGAAAAGGGUAAAGUCGAACCCGUGGUCAACGCCGACGGGACGAAAACCUGGCCCAAGAUUGAGAGGGAAAAGGUCCGUACUUGAAGAUCACAAGUCGGCAAAGGACGCGGUAUGUUGACGGUACAUUGCACUGAAUAUGUCUUCCCCGCUCUCCUGUACCCCCACAGCUACGACUCUUGGACGUCGGAGCAAUAGCUGGCACGGCUUACGCGGACUAUGCGUGGAUUGAACCCACCUCCAUCGAUCUCAACCCACAGUCCGAAUCCGUGCUCAAGCACGACUUCUUCGAAUAUCCACCACCUCCCGCCUCCGGGCGUUUCUUCGACGUCGUGGCGCUGAGCCUCGUCCUCAACUUUGAAGGGUCACUCACUCGAAGGGCCGACAUGCUUCGUCGAGCUCACCUCUACCUCAAACCUCAAGGUCUUCUCUUUCUCGUCUUACCCCUCCCCUGUCUCACCAAUAGCCGAUACAUGAACCAUACCCGACUCGAGGCGAUUCUGUUGACAACAGGGUGGGCGCCUGUGCGGAGAAAGGACUCGGCCAAACUGACGUAUUGGCUUUGCAAGCGAGUCGGCGAUGGAUCCGGCGACCGCAAGGGUUGGAAGAGGGAGCAACUUCGGGGUGGAAUACAGCGCAACAACUUUGCCAUCAUCGUCAACGCACCUGGACAGAGCUCUACGGAAGAAUCCGAAGCAUCAACAUCUUCCAUGGCAGCCACAACGACGACAAAAACACCGAUAGCCGAGGCACCAGCGGCAGCAACCGUCGACGAACCGAAGGCCCUUGCUGAGGCCGCUGAGGUGGAAGAGGAUCACGAGAUGAUUCCAACGAGCGAGACUGCGCUUGAUGAAGCCUACGAGGAGGAAUGGGAUGGCAUACAGAUGAGAUCGGAUGAUGCCGCCGAGCCGAUCUCGGCAGGGGUAGAAACACAGGACGAUGCCGAGGUCGAGUGGGUGGGCAUCGAGGAAUGA